CCGCGUACGUCACAUCUUGACCUUACGUUUAAAAAUGGAAGCCUGUAGGAAAGUCAGGGGGGGAAAUGUUUAUGUAGCGACAGCCUAUCACUGCCUCAGGCUCUGAGAGUCACACCAGGGCAAGUCGCUGUUUACACAGCAAGAGCCAAUCGCGUUAAAGACCUGUCAUUCCGGGCCCGCCCCUCGCCUGUCACACUCUGUGGCUGGAGAGAAGCUAUAAAGUUGGCUGACAAGUCAAGAGGGAGAAGGAGAGGAGACUGAACCAUGAGAGAGAACCUUGCCAGUGUAUCAUCCCAAAGCAUGGCAUUCGCUGACUGCGUGAAACCCGCUGAGCUGCCCACGGACAAGAAGGGGAUGAAGAGGAAGAACUGGAGGAACAGAAUAGGACUCUUCUUGAAGAGCAGCUCUUCCCAGUCAGUAUUACAUCUAAUGAGAAACAGAUUGUACAGGCCCAGUGCUGAUGACGUGAACCAAUGGGCGCAGUCACUUGACACACUACUCGGUCAUAAAUAUGGGAAAGCUGCCUUCUAUCUCUUCCUGAAGUCUGAGUUCUGCGAAGAGAACAUUGAGUUUUGGACGGCCUGUGAGGAUUUCAUGAACCACACGUCGCACAAAGAGCUGGUGUCCAAGGCCAACAGCAUUUAUGAGGAGUUCAUCAAAAGCGAAGCUCCCAAAGAGAUAAACCUGGAUUUCCACACCAAAAAUGCCAUCGUCCAGAGCCUCCACGAGCCCACUGCGACGAGCUUCCUGGCAGCUCAGAGGAAAGUCUACAGCCUGAUGGAGAACAACUCCUACCCCAGGUUUAUCCACUCCGACCUCUACAGAGAACUGCGCGAAGCUGCCGGGGGAGAGGGAAAGCACAUUAAGUCGCAGUCAAACUAGACACCCGGUCCUCGAGUCAUUUGUUUACCGGUGUGGCUGCGUGAACAGCCCGCUGAUGAUGCUCAUUCCAGGCACGAAUGCAAAUCCUGAGCAUAAACAUUACGGGCGAGUGUGGAAAAUGCAAAACCGAAGCCAUUUUUAUUCCGUCCUGCAGAGAGCUUUCAACAAUGAAGCUGGGACGAUUAGGCUGGAUGCUGUAUGCUGCUGCAGGCGGUACACAGAGCGUGUCUACAGGAGGGGAUUAAGGUUACAUUUUCUUCACUGGGCCAUUACCUGCAAUUUCUUUACUACGCUGUUAGAAUCUGGUAAUUUGAGUAAUGAGAAAAGCUGUUAUAGUGCAACUGCAUUCAAAGCUGAAAAGACUGUUGACGUCUAUGAAAACACUUUGCACUCUCUUACCGACAGUGCUGUUAGAAUGUAUUUCCAUGCUGACAUCCACUUGAAGACUUUGUACAGCUGUCAUUUACGCAGGACUUCCUGGUUUUUGUUGCCAUAUUGCUGUGCUUGAUUUGCGUCUGUUCAAGCGAAAAAGUGCACUUUUAAUUUCCGAUUCACAAUUUCCACCAAAGAUCUGAAAAUACUGUGAGAAUGAUUUUGUGUUGUAAAUAUUGUGACACUGCACGUGCUGAAUGUGAAUUUAUUUGGAGCAGCUGGACUGCUUCCGA